AUGGGCUCCUAUGAGAUAGACCAACCCGUCAGCGGUGCUUGCGUCGACCUUUCCUCCCCAAACAUCUUCAACUUCAUCCUCUCCAUUCUCAUCCUCCUUGGUAUUCUUGUGUCAUAUCUCCCGCAACAUCAUCGCAUCAUCUCCCGCCGAUCUUCCGCAGGCAUCUCACCGUACUUCGUGCUCCUAGGCACCACAUCCGGCACCUGUGCCUUUGCCAAUAUCUUGACUCUCCCUGCCAGUCGCCGAGAUCUUGCAUGCUGCCGAGAGCUAAGUGGCUUUGAAUGUGUGGCGGGAGCCUUGGGUAUAGCGCAGGUCGGGGUGCAGUGGAGUUGUUUCAUGGUCAUACUAUUCCUCUUCCUCCUAUUCUUCCCGCGCACACCCUCGGACGCCAAGUCCAAAGAUGAGCCCACCUACCGACUCGCCAUCACAGUCUUCCUAACCUCCAUAGUCCACCUGGUCCUCACCUUCCUAGUGUCCGUCAUCAUCAUCUACCUCUACCGCUCCCGUCUCGCCUCAUGGGCACAUUUCCUUGGUAUCUUCGGCACAUGCUUGGCCGCUAUACAAUUCUUGCCUCAGAUAUGGACGACGUGGAAGCUGCAAGAGAUGGGCAGUUUGAGCAUACCGAUGAUGUGCAUACAAACGCCGGGAAGCUUUGUGUGGGUGGGGAGUCUAGCAGCGAGAUUUGGGUGGGAGGGCUGGAGUACGUGGGGAAUCUAUCUUGUGACAGGGGUACUCCAGGGUUGUCUGUUGGUGAUGGGGAUCACCUUCGAGUUGAGAGCACGGAAGAAGGGGAAAGCUGGGCUUGGAGGCGUGGCCGGUGGUUCCAAUGAGCAUGCUAACCAAAUCAUUGGAAACGGGCACGGCUAUGCUGAUGGCGACGAGGAUCAUGAACGGACGGGCUUGCUCGGGAAUGAACGAUAG